AUGUACAAUGAAGAGCUUGGCGCUGGUUAUAUUCUGUUGGAGUUUAUCGAAAAACUCUCUUUGUGUCAUGUUUAUCACAAUCUACAAGAAAAGCCGCUUAUCGAAAUCAUUGGACACUUGGCUGAGAUAGCGAUUAGAGGACUUAAACUUGAAAAGAAAAUCGAGAAAAUCGAACAGAAAAACGCUUGGGAUGUUAUAUUGAAAGAUAUCGCCGAGUUGACGGUGACCGAGAAGCGCUUUAUCGACAUGAAAGUCGUUUUCCCCGAUCAAUCGACUCAAAUCGAUUAUAUCCUCCAAAAAUUCCCCUCAAUUUUCGCUGAUUUCCAAAAAUUUCAAGAUUUACGAAUGACAAAUUCUCCUAUUCAAUUGCUAUGUCACGGGGAUUUAUGGACGACGAAUAUUUUGUUUACAAAGGAUGAAAAAGGAGAAUUUCAAGUGAAAGCCUUGAUUGAUUGGCAGCUUUUCCAUAUUGGAUCCCCGGUGGAAGAUCUCGUCUUUUUGCUGUAUUCAGCUUUGGGACCAAAUGAGAUAAAAAGAACCAAUUUCUACUUACAAGUUUACUACGAUUUGAUAAAAAACGCCGUUGGGGAGGAGAAAUGUCCGUGGGGAGAGAUCAAUGAGCUUAUCAAACAAUACGAGAUCUCAUAUAUUCACAUGAUUUCCAUCAUUCAUCCAAUGAAUGUUAAUGGAUUUGAAGAUCAAAUAAUCGCUUGUGAUGAAAACGAGAUCGAUUGGUGUCGUGAGAACUUCGGACUCAAAAGUGCCGCCAUCACCGCCGAGUUGUGUCGAUGCUUCGAGAAAUGGAUUCAA